UCACGUUCAUCCCUCAACCCCAACCAACCUCAAAUCAACCGCCAAAAUGGAGAACGACAAGGGUACCCUCGUUGACUUGUACAUCCCCAGACACUGCUCUGCCACCAACCGCCUCAUCACCGCCCAGGACCACGCUUCCAUCCAGCUCCAGGUCGCUGACGUUGACGCCGACGGCAAGGCCAUCAAGGGCUCUGCCACCACCAUUGCCAUCUGUGGCCGAAUCAGGGCUCAGGGUGACUCUGACGACUCCAUCAACAGGAUCGCUACCAAGGAGGGCUUGUUGAAGAACGUGUGGUCUUACACUCACUAAGCGGUUGUAGCUUUUGGGAGGGUUGGGAUGCAUCUUUUCGACUAGCAA